CUUUAAAGUAGAACUCAAUGGUUAAAAAUGGGAUUCAGUAAACAAAUUCGACCGGGGUGUUCCCUCGGGACGAUUUUUGCAUAACCAGUUUAUAGGCAAUCGGCUUGGAUUUCGUCAUAAAAUGGUUUUUAUUACAGGGAACGAGGAAUCACUUGAGGUCAGUGUGUGCCUUCUAUAAAUAGGGAUUAUCAGAGAAGAACGUGUAUAAAUAUGUGCAGUUCACCAUCACUGACAAUAUUGUAAAAGUGACAAAACAAACAUAAUGUACGCGGCCGUUCGAUUUCUCACCAUCCUCUGCGCUGUCCACCAGGUCUUCUCGAAUGAGGAGCGCAACUACUGGGGCGAUCCGAUCAGCGUCGAAUGCAUUGAGGAGGUUCAUUUUGACAAAACUAUCCUACCGACGGUGAUGGACAAGGACUUUUACAUUGUCAGUACCGAUCCCUCCGUUUUUGAGUUGUUUCGUUGCAUGUUCGAGAAGCUAAAAAUGGUUCAGGAUGGCAAAUUCGUCAAGGACGAAAUCGUACGGUACGUUGAGAAGGGACCCGUACGUUUCCUCAAGCCUAACGCCGAUAAUCCGAAUAAGAUCGCGCUAGAGGCCUACGAGGGUUGCAAGAGUUUGGAGGGUGACGGAAUUGGGCAACAGGCAGUUAAUAUGCGUAAUUGCAUCAUACGGGAGAUCUACAAGUAUAAGUAACUUCACUCCUUCCUAAAAUUAAAGACACAGAAAAGUAUUCAACCUUACGGAACACGGUAGGUAACGUGAAAUGGUCAUAGGGCACACUUCAAUAUUGCAUCUUGCAUUAUUAUUAAUCAUUAUCAAUAUUGUUAUUAUGGUAUGCAGAAAGUGCAAAACAAAUAAAUUGUAUGUUAUUUUCAA